AAAAAUCGUCGGGAAAUCCAUGACGCGUCGAGCGCAAGUGGUUUCCAACGUUUCCGGGAAGAAAUUUGGAAAACGGCCCAUAUGUUCGGAGGGUGAAAAAAUCGUAUCCAGGGAAUUUUCCCAUUAAUCUUUUGUCGUUGGUCAAUCAUCUUCCCAUUGUGCUUUCGAGGGGUUUUCUGACUUGCGAGCAGAAUUUUUUUUUUUCCUCGUAUCAUCCGAGUAUUCGAGUUCAUCGAUUAUUUUUAACUCGUAGUUAACAGUUUCCCGUGUUUCUCGGUGGCCGCCGAUCACGACAACGACGACAACCACGACGACGACCGCAUAUCGACAAAUCAGUGAAUCAUCUUAUCAUGUUAUUGUGUUUGUGAUUCAAUCGUAUUUGUGAUGUUGCCCGAAAAUGGUUUGUAUAGACGAAGUAGUUGCUUACUUCAAAACACUUAAAAGCUACGAGCGGCUUUGGAUGAUGUGUAGACUCCAAAGCCACUGUCUUCCAAUUGAAUUGAGGUACCUCGGCACUUGCUUAGAUAACUUAUCUAAAAGAGAUAUUCAUAUAUUGAAAAAAUUGGAACUUGAAGCCAACGAUCCAGCUAACGUCAGUGAAGUAGCUUGCAAGUGUAUUUGCGAUAAAACUGUUAGGGCAGCGGUGAUCAAGUAUUUGUCCGUGUUGAAUACAAACAGUACCAAGUGUUCAGAACUUAUCUAUAAAGCGUUGACUGACGACAAAGGCUUACAACGCAUAUUCAAGUGUCCCAAAACGUUCUUCAACGAUAAAAACGCAUUUGAAGAGCUUAUGGUAUUGUAUACAUUGGCUGUAAAUCAUCCGGCGUUUAUAUUUGAACAAAAGACUCAACUAGAUAGUAUAUUCAAUUGUAUUAAAAAAGAAAAAGAAAGGCAACUAUUAAAAAAUAAAGACAACGAUCAAGAUAAAGAAUCUUCUGAUAGUGUAGAGAAUAUCAACACUAUGAUUCCACCACCUAAUUAUAUGUAUCAGCCAGCUCAUGGAGGAUCAAAUUUUCCUCUCAACAGAAAUGGAUAUAUAUAUCCACGGCAUUACUAUCCGUUUCCUCCUGUAAAUGUACCACCGAUGCAAGUUUGUUACGACUAUCCGCCACCUUCAGCAAUUUCAGCAGUUCGAGGACCUCAUCAGGCUAAUUUUUCCAAAUCAUCAAGUCCAAUAUCAUGGCCUCCACGUACAUUCCAAUUAAAUCCUCGAAAUCCACCACCAAACACUAAUGCAAAACAAAGACAUCCAACUCCGACUAGGUAUCGUAAUCCUUCGGAUCCUAGUUAUCCAUUUGCACAGCCCUGGAAUAAUUGGAACAUGUAUCAAAUGUCACCCCAUAAUAUGUAUGCUAAUUAUAAUUACACUCCGGGAAUGGUUCCUUCUUUCUAUCCAGAAAGUAGUAUGGGGCGUGGUUAUCAAGGACAUGGAACAAAAAGUAAACACUCUACUGCUAAUCGAUCUCAAGAUCAAUCUAAAAGCCAAAUGACAAUGCCUGUGUCUACUACUCCAAUUAAAAUAGAUCCAGUAGCAAAAAGUAUUAAACCUACUUUAACAAAUACUCAGACAAAUUCUUCUAGUGAAAAUGAAAUUGUACUAGAAGCAAAUAAUGAUAAACCAUCAUCUUCAAAAUCUGCUGAAGCUAAUAAUGAAAGUAGCUCUUGUAAAUCAGUUAGUACAACUGUUGCAGAUAAAGUGUCAGCAGUUUCUACUCAACCUGCAAUUCAAAAUAAUCAUACAAGUCCUAAAGCUGUUCCAUCUUCCACUCAAUUUCAGAGUUCUGCUGGUGCAAAGGUAUAUAAUUCAAAGUUAACUUCAGAAAAUAAGAUGAAACCAGACAGCAGUGUGCAAGCAGUAUCAAAAUGUCAGCCAACAUUACUGAAAACUUGUUCACCGCCUAUUACUACACAACAGUCACAUAUUACAGAUACAAACCCACCAGAAGCAUCAACAAAUACUUUUAAAGAACCUUCUAAAAAUGAAUCAACAAAAACUAUUGAUGUUCCUUCACUUUUAAAAGUGUUGGAAGAUACUACAAUUAAAGAAGAAAAAUCAGGUGCUGUGUCAAAUGAUAUAUCUGAAGAAAAGCCCAAGUCUAAUGCUGAUCAAAAACCACAAAGUUCAAAAAUUCCAUUGCAACAUGAAGUAAAUACAACAAAAGGAUUUGAAGUAAAAGAGUCCAUAGCUGGUGCUGCUGCAGCAAAACCAAUUAGCACUCCAGUGACCACCACUGUAUAUAAUACACAAUCCAGUAAAUAUUAUAAAGGUCGUCCAAUACAGUCUCAACCAAGAAUCAAUAGAGAUGGAAAUUUAAAUAAUAGUUACAACAAUAGAAAACCAGUGACUGGACUAGUAUCAACCUUUAAUGAACCUGCCAGAGAAAAUCCUCAUAAAUCUCAUGCAAAAAUACCCAACAAUGGCCAACAGUAUUAUACCAUGUCUUAUGAUAAUGGAGCGAAUGCUAGAGCAUAUAAUACUCAAACAUAUUAUGUUCAUCAACCUCAAACAUCUCAGCCAAUGUCAGGUUAUUCAUCUGUACCACGGCCAUACAUACCACAACAGCAUGUAGUGCAGUCUCCAGAAUAUCAACAAGUUUAUCAGCAACCUGCUGAGUUUGUUUAUUAUCCAUCAUCUUCACAAACAUUUUAUACGACAACACCAAUGUUGAUGCAACCUCAAGUAUUGGCUUAUCAUCCACCAAAAGUAUCAUGCUACAAUUGUGGAGGGCAGAAUCAUACAGGAGCUGAAUGUACUGAAUUGACAAUGGAAGAAAUAACAAGUAAAGGUCUGUAUGAAAAUCAUUAUGGACCGUCAAUGCCUGACGGCAGACCUCGUAAUUAAAUAUUGUAUUACAGAAAUUGAUAAUUACAAUCACAUCUAACAGGAUGACUUGAGACUUCAAGGAUGGUGAAACUAUAAAUGCCUUCUCCUAUAGUAUUAAUUGUAAUUGUAAUUUAAAUGAUGAUUCCUUGAUUCGUUACCUGUUGUUUCCAAAUAAGACUGGGUAAUGUUUUUUUUCUUCCAUAUUAGUAUUUUAAAAUUUAUAACGUUAGCAGUAUAUUUAUAUAAAAAAAGUAAUAUUAUAUUUAACCAAACAUUAAAUUUAUAGCAACUUCAUCAUCUCGUCCUUUCCUUCUUUUAAAUUAUUUUCACCGGUCAUGUUAUUACAUUAUAAUACUUUUUCGGUAUUAUUUCUAACGUAUUGGACUGUUGAUCCAAUAAAUAUA